AUGUUAACCAAAUUGCCAAGGAGACUAUCAUCCACCAAAUCAACAAUAUUCCCAUCGGCAAGAAGAUUUUUUUCAACCGAUUCCCUUAAAUUUAAACCUCCUACAGUAGCAGCAGCAUCAACCAGAAAUGGAGGGUCAAAUCCACAAUUGCGAUUCCCUUGUUUGGAUAAAUUAGAGAAAAAGAAUAGAGACUUAUCAUUGGGAGUUCUAAAAUCAAAAGUAAGUAGUUUAGAUUCUGGUCCUGAACCAGCUUAUAAUUUUGAACAAACUGGGUUUAAACUAUAUCAAUCUCAAAAACCAAUAUUUUUAGAUAAUGGAGGAUAUUUACCAGAAUAUGAAAUUGCAUAUGAAACAUGGGGAGAAUUAAAUGAAUCAAGAUCAAAUCUAAUCUUAGUUCAAACAGGGUUAUCAGCUUCUUCUCAUGCAAAAUCCCAUCCUGAAAAUAAAAAGAAAGGGUGGUGGGAAAAUUUUAUUGGCCCUGGGAAAUAUAUUGAUACCGAUAAAUAUUUCGUAGUAUGUACAAAUGUUCUUGGUGGAUGUUAUGGAUCUACUGGUCCAUCAUCAAUUGACCCUUCAAAUCAAGAACAAUAUGCUACAAGAUUCCCAAUUUUAUCCGUUAACGAUAUGGUACGUGCUCAACGUGAAUUAAUAUGGGAUGAGUUCCAUGUUCGCAAAAUUCAUGCUGCCGUAGGUGCUUCUAUGGGUGGAAUGCAAUCUUUGGCAUAUGGUUGGGAAUUCCCGGAAGAAGUUGAAAAAAUCAUUUCAAUUAGUGCAUGUGCAAGAUCACAUCCUUAUUCUAUUGCAUUAAGACAUACUCAAAGACAAGUACUAAUGAGUGAUCCUAAUUGGAAUCGUGGAUUCUAUUACGAUGGAAUUCCACCUCAUGUGGGGAUGAAGUUAGCACGUGAAAUUGCUACGGUUACUUAUAGAUCAGGUCCAGAAUGGGAAUAUCGAUUUGGAAGAAAAAGAGCAGAUGAAUCUAGACCUCCAGCAUUAUGUCCAGAUUUCUUGGUGGAAACUUAUUUAGAUCAUGCUGGGGAAAAGUUUUGUCUUGAAUAUGAUGCUAAUUCAUGGUUAUAUAUUCUGAAGGCUAUGGAUCUAUUUGAUCUUGGACACGAAAGUAGAAGUAGUGCACUUUCAACAAGAGAAAGAGCAGAACAAGCAUACAUUGAUCGACAUGUCACUGGGUUUGAAAGCUCUUCUAAUUUUGUACCUAGAGUUCCAUACACUGAAAAGGUCAGCAGAGCGGAUGUUUCUCCAGAUGAGGCAAUAUCGGAUUUAGCAUUAGGGUUAAAGAGAAUGGCUGAUAAGGAUGUGUUAGUUAUAGGUGUAGAAUCAGAUAUUUUGUUCCCAGUAUGGCAACAACGAGAAGUUGCUGAUGUUUUAAUUAAAAAUAGUGAAGGAGGAGAAGUUGAAUACGUUGAAUUGGGAAAUGAUAUCAGUAACUUUGGACAUGAUACCUUCUUGUUAAGUUUAGAUGACAUUGGUAAACCAGUUAGGAAAUUCUUGGAUAAUUAA